AUGGACGAGCCGACAAUUCAGCGAUGGCGACAUGUCAACUCCACCGAGCAUAUACACAUGCCGCAGCUUCAGAGCCCCAUGCGGCGAACCAUGUCUCAACCCAGCGUGGCAGGUGACGAUCGACCAGAGAGUCUGCUCCCUGACGAAAGCCUGCUCUUCACACGUCCACCUGGAAAGCCUCUCUCCGUGUGGGGCGGCGGCGACGACGACGAAAGUGGUCACACAUCCUCCAACGGAAUAUCCAGAGCAUGGUCCAAGAAGCGUCCACGGUCUCCUGGUGUCAAUUCCAAGCUGAAACCCAUUGAAAAUGAGAUGAAGAGCCCACGGCGCAUGCGGUCGUUCCUGCUCAACUUCUUGGCGGACGACAUCGGCACGUUCCGGACCGAGAUCGAUUUGUAUCAACACGCCAUCGACAGCGGCCUCGCCGUCACGGACGCCGCAGUCCAAGAAGUUUCCCACCUAGUCCCGGGGCUCACCAGUCUCAAACUGAGCAAUUGCAUUGACGUCACGGAUGCCGGCAUUUGGUCGGUGGCUCGACAUUGUCCUGGUCUCACCAGCAUCUACCUGCGCAAGUGCGACAAGGUCACCGACCUUGGCCUCCGUGUCCUCGCUCAUCAAUGCCGCCUCGUCACUGUGGACUUGACGGACUGCGUCCAGAUCGGCGACUUAGCGCUGGCGACCCUCGCCGCUGGCUGCUGGACCAUCGAGACGCUGGUCCUCGCGCGAUGCGUGGCCGUCUCGGACGCUGGCAUUGCCAAGAUUGCUCAAUGCUGCAAAGGCCUCACGCACUUGGAUGUGUCCGAGUGCGCGCACGUGGGCGAGUUCGGCGACAAGGCGCUCGUGGAGCUCGGCAAGUGGUGCGGCAACCUUCGGCACUUGGACUUGUUCGGGUGCCGCCACGUUCGCGACGCGGGAGUUCGCGCCAUCGCCACGGGGUGUCCGCACCUGUCGACGUUGAAACUCACGGGGUGCCGAGAUGUGGGCAGCGGGUCCAUCCGCGAGCUGGCCUACCGAUGCCAUGCGCUGGAGCGCUUGUCACUGGCCGGAUGCAUCCGCACCCACAACGACGACCUACUCCGCCUCGCCGCGUCGUGUUCGCAACUUAAAUGGCUGGAUAUCAGCGGCAGCCCCAACAUUUCGAACCGGGGCAUCGCCGCCUUGGCCCAACACUGCAAAUCUCUCGAGCACUUGAACGUGUCGCAGUGCCCGCACGUCAGCGACAAGGUGCUGCACACGAUAGCCACACACAUGAAGUCCAUCACGUCACUGUCAAUCAUGGACUGUGCGCGCAUCACAGAAUCCGGCAUCGACACGCUCACAGCUGCCUGCACGAAGCUCUUUACACUCAACAUGACCAAUUGUCCCCGCAUCCGACGUCGGUACCUGCAUCAACUGGUCGCGCGGCUCGAGUAUGUCGACUGGUCCAGCACGUAUUUUGGCAUUGAACCGUUGGCCAACGCCAUCGAGUUGCAAAAUCAUAAAGAGCUGGAGCUUCGAAAGCAAGCCAGCGCGAUCUUAAUUCAAGCCAUCAUGCGGGGGUGCUUGGCCCGCGGCGGCAUCUACGGCGCCAUGCUUCGGCGCGUGGUGCGGGAUGUCCUGCCCAAGAUUCAAGCGCUCGUCCGAGGGUUCCUAGCGAGAGCUGGGUAUCGCCGCAUGCGGCUGGCCAUCGUGCAGGAAGCCAAGACCCGUGUGAUCCAGCGGGCGUUUCGACAUUACAAAGUCAAGAUGCUCUGUCGUCGCGCUCGUCGUGUCAUGCAAAUUCGGCAACAUCAAGACGCCGCCGCGUUGAUCUUUCAAAAGAUAUUCCGGGGACAUCGAGACCGACUUGUCGUUCACCGCAUGCGAGAGGACCUGCGACGGAUCGCUCAACUCGACUCGCGGCGCCAGGCCAUGACGGAAGUGGCGGCUACCCGGGUCCAGCGUCUGUGGCGGGGCCACAAGGGGCGUGGUGACGUGGCACUACGCAAGAAGCUGAUCGAGUUGCGACGUGUCCAGGCGGAAAAAGAGCAAGUCGCGGCGAGCUACUUGCAGCGAGUGUACCGAGGACACCAUGGGCGGAAGGACUUUGCCAAGCGACUGGUGGAGAGAGAGAAGGAGCGCAUGCGGAACGCCCGCGCGAUGCAGAUUCAACGCGCGCAUCGGCAUCACAUGGCGUGGGAGGCGCGGAAGGUGCGCUUGAUCGAAGAGGCCGAGGCGCGGAAGAUUCGGGCGGUGAUUCGCAUUCAAAAGAACUGGCGCGGGGUGCGCGAGCGGCAGCUGGGCAUGAUCAUGCUUGGCCUCGUGCAGCUGCGGCGGCAAGAAGACAAGGCGGCGCGGACGAUCCAGAGCAUGUGUCGGGGCUACGUGAGUCGCAACUUUAUGAAGACGAUGAAGAUGGUGCUGGCCGCCCAGGAAAAGCGCGACAAGAGCCUCGCGUUGCUGCAGCGCAUGUUCCGGGGGUACAAAGGGCGCGAGAGGGCUGAAGUCCACGUCGAGUUGCGCAAGUUGGAGGUCGUGGCCAAACCUCUGUUUGUCAAGAUUCAAACGUAUGGCGCCCGCGUUGCCGAUCUCACGACCAAGGUCGACACGUUGCGGCGCGCUCUCAAGGCGGACCAAGCGGACGAAGCCGAAUUGAUGACCGAGCUGGACAAAACCAUGACGAUCAAGUCCAAGUUCCACGACUCGGCGCGCAUCACAGGCGCCAAGCAGCGGUACCUGACGCGGUACUUGCAGGUUCAGUUGGCCGACCAGCUUCAAAAGAAGCGCAUGGCUGUGGCCGUCCAGUCGCGCAAUCUGGAGAUCGCCGUGGCGGAGUGCAGCGAAGCGGAAAAGCAACUGCGGUCCGCCAAGCGCGAGCUGCAACCGCUGACUGAAGGCGUCGAGCGCAAGACCAAAGAGAACCGGGUGACGCGGUUGCAGGUGAAGGUCCGACGUGAGAAGAAGUCCGCGACGGCCAUUCAGCGGCAUUUCCGAGGCUUCCGGGUCCGCGCAGCGGUAGGCGAAGGCGCCAACCGGUGGCUGGAGCUCUUCGAUCCAACUUUGAACCGUAAGUACUAUUACAACGCGUGGAGCCAAGUCCGUCGAAUUGUACGCCCGCUGGCGAUGGACAUUUUUCACGACGAGCUUGUGCCACCGUGGAAAUCCAACAACACCUCAACUGACAAGUGGUUCCAGUGCCUCGACGAAGGCUCGGGGAUGUUUUACUACUUCAAUGGUCAUACCCACGAGUAUCGGUGGGAGGCGCCGACGCCCGAGCAAAGCCGCGACCUGUUUGACGCGCAGCCUCUGGACGAGCUCACACAGCGCGCCACGUCACGGCGAUCGAUUGGCCACAGCGCAUGGGAAGAGAUGAUGGACCCAGAGACAGGAGUUGUGUACUACCACAAUGCCAACACCAGCGAGAGCGUGUGGUCGCUGCCGCCCCAACAAGUGCUACCGUAGAAUGAAAAUUGCGAGUCAAUUAUAUAUACUACACCAUUUUGCG